UCUCUCUCUCUCUCUCUCUCUCUCUCUCCAUAUUCUCCAAUGGCUUCCUCUCUUCAUCCUCUUCUUCUUAUCUCAGUCUCAUGGAUCUCCCUCCUGGCUCUGGUAAUAUCACCAGCACAGGCAGCCACCUGCAGCUCACAGACAUUCAAGAACAACAAGCUCUACGCCAACUGCAGCGACCUCCCCUUCCUCAGCUCCUACCUCCACUGGACCUACAAUGCCUCCAACUCCUCUCUCUCCAUCGCCUUCGUGGCGACGCCGUCCAAAUCUGAAGGCUGGGUGGCGUGGGCCAUCAACCCCACCGCGACCAAGAUGUCUGGGGCCCAGACCCUCCUGGCCUACAAAACCGAGGAUGGAGCCCCAGUCGUCAAAACAUUCGACAUCACCUCGUACAGCUCCAUUGUGCCGGGAAAACUCGCCUUCGACGUAUGGGACGUCAGCGCGGAGUUCUCCAAAGGCACGUUCACGAUAUUUGCCGUCGUCAAGGUCCCGAAAGACGCAGCGUCCGUAAACCAGGUCUGGCAGUUGGGCCCCGCCAUCAACAAGACCUCCGGCUUCCCCGUGAAGCAUGACUUCGCCCCACCCAAUCUCCAGUCGUUUAGCACCUUGUACUUGGUGGCCAAUUCCACCACGGGCACUCCCGCUGGUGCUAAUUCCACCACGGGCACUCCCACUGGUGCUAAUUCCACCACCAACAGCAUUGGUGGUGGUGUUAGCGGAGCUUUGAGGAUUGGGAGUGGAGGAAACAUGGGUUUGUUGUCUGUUUCGGUUUUGGUUCUUGGAGCUCUCAUUGCUUUCUAAAUUUAGUAUUUCGGGUCGGGUUUUUAUUCUUUCUUAAUAUUGUGAUUGAUUGUAUCGAAGUGAGAGAUGGAGGUCUCAGCACGUUUAAGUGAAAUAAUAUUUAUUUGCUAUAU